AUGGACAAUGGACGCGAGGUUAUUGCGAAACUUCCCAACCCCAAUGCCGGCAGACCACACUUCACGACAGCUAGUGAGGUUGCUACUCUGGACUUUUUGAGAAAUGUCUUGAGCCUCCCGGUUCCGCGGGUGUACGCAUGGAGUUCUCGCGCAUCAGAGAACCCUCUCGGAGCAGAGUAUAUCCUGAUGGAGAAGCAGGCGGGCGUAGUACUAACGGAAGUGUGGGACACUAUCAAAGCAAAGCAGAAAGUACAGAUUCUGGACCAGGUUAUCGACAUUGAAAGGCGACUAGCAACUACAGGAUUCUCUAAGUUCGGAUCGUUAUACUAUAGAGACGACCUUCCCGAGAACUCGGAUGCUACUUCGUCCCUAUCCCGUGACGCAACUGGAAACGAAGUGCAGAGUGACAAAUUCGGCAUUGGGCCGGUGGCCAGACUUAUAUUCAUGAUUUGA